GGAACAAUGUGCAACAAGUUUCAGAAGAAGAUCUGAACAGAUUUAUCUAUAUAAAUACUAAAUAUCUGACAAAACAAUCCAAUCCGACUAUUCACCAAAAACAAUCUUCUAAAAAAACACCCAAACAAAAAAAAAAGAAAAACAAAGGAAAAUGGUAUCAACACGCGGACACCCGCAGGAAUUCCCGGAAACACCCACUCGUACACCUACCAUCCCCUCUCGCAAUCCUCUCCGCAAAGGACCAUGGGCGCACACCCCCUCGAACCUCACCAUCAUCUGGCUCUUCAUUUCUCUGCCACUCGUAGCAUGGGAUGCCGGAUAUGUUAUGCUUCGACCUCUUUCUAUGCCGGGCGGAUCACUGCAUUGGCCCAUUUGGGCACCGUAUGAAUUGUAUGGCAAGGUCGAUUAUAUAUAUGGAUGGAAGGCUUAUAAUGAGCACAAUGGAUUUACGGCUGCGCAGACAUUUUUGAAUGUUAUUGAGAGCGCCAUGUAUUAUUCCUAUUUGUAUAUCUUAUAUGCUUAUGGGAAACCAUCGGCUGCUCAAGGGAGAGGUGCUCCUAAGAAUUCGGGGUUUCUUGGAGAGCAAAGGUUUGUGGAUGGGAAGAUGGGGGCAUUGGCUGUGUUGGUGGGUUAUAGUGCUGCUGUUAUGACUCUGAGCAAGACGUUGUUGUAUUGUAAGUCUGAAUUGGAUAUUGGUUUUGGUGAUGUUUUUGCUAAGAUGAUUUUAGGGAUGAAUGAAUAUUAUUCUGGCUUUGAAAAUAUUGGUCAUAAUAGUAUUCGUGAUCUUUUAUUCUUAUGGAUCAUUCCAAAGUAAGUCAUUUGAGGUUGUGGAAGGUAUGCAAAUUCUCUAACUUUCUUUAGUGGUGCAUGGCUUGUUGUUCCUUCGUAUAUUAUAUAUGUGACUGGAAGUGAGAUUAUUCAAGGUUUAACCAUUGCUGCUGGAGGAGCUACGGCUUCGAAUGAUGAUGUUUCUUUGGCAAAGACAGAAUGAAGCAAUGAGUGAAGGUCUAUGAUAUAUGAGAGCCAAUUGACUAUGGAACGGGAUUCAGAGGGAUUUUUUCUUGGCUUGGCUUUUGGAAAAUCCUGCAAAGACGAGAUCCAUGAAAGUAUAGCACGUAUUUACGAAAUGAAAGUUGAUAUAUAAAAGCAUAAUAUUACUCGUUGCUUAGGACAAGAAAUGAUGAAGUGGAGG